AAGAUGUGAAAUUGCAAGCAAAACAUUCCCGUAAUGAAAGGUUCCUAAGAACCAUAAUUCAUCGAGCCUUGAGAUACUCUUGACUACAUUGUUUUUGUGCAUCUAAAUGGAGAUUUUUGGCAAAGGGUUUUCAUGACUAUUCUUCUCUUCUAUUGAUGUUAAUUGGAAAGCCUUUUAUAGUUUCCUUGGCUGCUGUGUGUACAAGGAUUGGACACAUGCUUUGAGGAUUUAUUUUGAAAAAGAAUUCCAUGCAGAAAUUCUUUGAAGGAAUAGGAGGACUUGAAGAGUUGGAACGGAUACAUUUAGGAUACAACUUCCGUGGACCACUACCAGCUGACAUAUGCUGUAAUCUCUCACUUGGAAUUCUGCUGCUGUUGAGGUUGAUUUGUUAAGCUUGGUUUCAUAGCAAUUCUCCGACAAGGGAACUUCCUCGUACUUUUUUCAAGAAAGAGACAAUGAGAAAUCAAUCUUUACCAAAUUCUUCAUUCCUUCUCCGCUCCCUCUUUAAAAGCAAACCUUUUGGUUCACAAUCAAAAAUUCCGGGAAAGACUAUCUUACCAUCAUCAUCUUCUGAGCAUAUCAAGCAAAGCAUUGAUGCUUCCGUGGAAACCUCUUCUGAAGUGGUAUGUCAGAGCAACUUGAUUUUUUCAGAGUCCAGUAAUGUGAAAUGCGAUUUGUCGCUUACAACAGCUUUAACUGAAAAUCAUGUGAUCGACACUCUCUUGGGAAACAAAAGCGAUCCAAAAUCAGCAUUGGAGUACUUCAAAAGGAUUGACCAUAAGAGAAGUUUCGUCAAGAGCACUAAUUCUGUUUGUGUCUUGCUUCUCAUUCUAAUGAAUUCGGCAGAGACCCAUAGAAUAGCUCAGAAUUUUCUUAACCAAUUUGCUACAGGAAAUUCAGUUCCCUCUGGUAGUUGUCUAGUGGACCAUUUAGUGGAAAGCAUGCAACUAUACAGAUUUCCUUUAGACGUUCAGGUUUUUAAUUAUUUGUUGAAUAGUUACGUUAGAGCUAACAAAAUUGAAGAAGCUCUUCACAAUUUUAAUAAAAUGGUAGAAUUCGAUAUAACGCCAUCAGUUCAGUAUAUGAAUAUUCUUUUGACUGCUAUGGUUAGGAAAAAUAUGAUCUAUGGAGCACGGGAGUUACAUAACAAAAUGUUGCUUAAAGGAGUUGCAUGUGAUUGUUUUACAUUGCAUGUUAUGAUGCGUGCUUGUUUGAAGGAAGGGAAUAUUUUGGAGGCAGAGCAAUAUUUUGUAGAAGCGAAAGCAAGAGGAGUUAAACUUGAUGCAGAAGCAUAUAAUACUUUUAUCCAUGUAAUUUGUAUGAAACCGAAUUCUGGAUAUGCUUCGUCUGUGGUGAGAGAGAUGAGAGCAACAGGUUGGGUUCCUUCAGAGGGCACAUUUACAAGUGUUAUUACUGCUUGUGUGAAGGAAGGGAAUAUGAUAGAGGCUUUACGGCUGAAAGAUGAGAUGGUUAAUUGUGGGAAGUCUAUGAAUUUGGCUGUUGCAACAAGUUUAAUGAAGGGUUAUUGCAUGCAAAGAGACCUGAGCAGUGCUUUAGAUCUUGUGAAUGAGAUUACAAAGAAUGGUCUGGUGCCCAACAAAGUUACAUACGCUGUUAUGAUUGAUGGUUGCUGUAAGAAUGGGAAUAUGGAGAAGGCACAUGAGUUUUACACUGAGAUGAAAACUAAGAGUAUUCGGCCCAGUGUUUAUUCUUUGAAUUCUAUGAUACAAGGGUAUUUGAAAUGUCAGUCUUUGCAAAAUGCAUUCAAGAUGUUUGAUGAUGCAGUCGAGUGUGGUCUUGCAAAUGUUUUCACGUUUAAUAAUUUAUUGUCAUGGCUUUGUAAGGAGGGUAGGGUUAAUGAAGCUUGCAAUUUAUGGGAUGAGAUGAUUGUUAAGGGCAUUAGUCCUAAUGCGGUUUCUUACAACAACAUGAUACUCGGUCAUUGUAAAAAAGGAGAUAUUAAUUCAGCAUGUAAGAUGUACAAGGAGAUGCUAGAUAAUGGUUUUACACCGAAUGUAGUUACCUUUUCUAUUCUCAUGGACGGCUAUUUCACGAAAGGUGAUAUUGAGAAUGCCUUUGGUAUAUUUCACAUGAUGAUGGAUGCUAAUAUUCUCCCCACAGACAUCACAUUAGGCAUUAUUAUCAAAGGCUUGUGCAAAGCUGGUCGUACUUCUGAGGGAAGGGAUAUGUUCAAUAAGUUUGUUUCUCAAGGUUUUGUUCCAUCGUGUUUGGCUUACAAUAUUAUAAUUGAUGGUUUCAUCAAGGAAGGUGACAUUAACUUGGCCUUGAAUGUUUAUAGGGAAAUGUGUGAGAUUGGCAUUUCUCCUAGUAUCGUUACCUACACGUCCUUGAUUGAUGGCCUUUGUAAAAGUAAUAAUAUAGAUCUUGCUUUAAAGUUGCGGAACAUUAUGAUAAGGAAAGGUCUUGAAAUGGACAUCACUGCAUACGGCAUGCUCAUUGACAGUUUUUGCAAAAGAAGAGACAUGAGAAGUGCAAGCGAACUUUUUAAUGAACUUCUUCAAGCUGGUUUAUCUCCAAAUGUUAUCAUUUACAAUAGCAUGAUUGCUGGGUUUAAGAAUCUGAAUAACAUGGAAGCAGCUAUUAACUUGUAUAAGACUAUGGUAGAUGAGGGGAUUCCAUGUGAUUUGCAAACGUAUACCUCAUUGAUUGACGGACUGCUGAAAGAAGGUAGACUUCUCCAUGCAUCAGAUCUCUACUCUGAAAUGCUUUCCAAGGGUAUUUUGCCAGAUGAUCACACACAUACGGUUCUAAUCAACKGUCUCUGUAACAAAGGACAAUUAGAGAAUGCACGCAAGAUUUUGGAAGAGAUGAAUGGAAGAAACAUGAUUCCUAGUGUUCUUAUUUACAACACAUUAAUAGCUGGACACUUUAAGGAAGGGAAUUUGCAAGAGGCUUUUAGGUUGCAUGAUGAGAUGCUUGCUAGAGGUCUUGUUCCUGAUAACACUACCUAUGAUAUUCUUGUCAAUGGGAAGUUCAAAGGAGAAUGUACUUUUAGUAGAGAUUUGAGUUUCUAAGUAGGCAGACUCACACUCCUGUAUUGCCCCCAAAAGAAAGCAUUUAUUAUGAGGUGUGUUUUCUCUUUCAUUUUGGAAGUGGUUAAAGGUUUCAUGUCCCCCGCUCAUCGUCAGUUUCAAAGGAAAUCCAACAUACUGAUGGAAUCCUCCACAAUUAUCUCCCAUUGCUUCAAAAAUUCCCUCUACAAUGUCUCUGAGUUUGAUCCAUCCCUUUUUCUUGCAUAGAAGAAGAUUGCUUUUCUUCUUAUUACUUAUUAGAAUCUCGACGAAGCUUUACGUAGAAAGGAUUCAGCAUACCAUCUUUCAUCCCACCUUUAAUGGGGGCCUUGGGGUGGCAUCUCUGAAGCAAAGAAACAACAGCUCUUCUCCUCGAAUGGCAGUGGAGGUUUGCACGAAAAGAAAACGCCCUCCAGAGGAAAGUUCGGGGAUGGAAGGCAACGAAUGGGCUACCUCCCCUCCGAGGAAGAAGUUAGGAAACAUAAUUUGGCCACAAAUUAUGAGGGACAUGGAGUUAUUUUAGAGAUCUGUGAACUUUACAGCAGGGAAUGGCAAGAAAAUUCGCUUCUGGGAAGAUCCUUGGCUCAAGUCCGAACAUUCGACACAGGUUUUUCCUGAUAUCUUCAAGCAUAACACUAUGCUCAUGGGUGGUAGAAUUAUAAGACUUCACCUCUAAUGAUCUUUGAAUUCAUUGAUAAAAAUUUGGAGUUCAUUUGCAACAUGUUGAUCAUGAACAUGAAGGUUCCAAAAGAUCAAGGAAUCAACAUCAACACUUCACCGAUGAGAUCAAUUUCAUGCGCUUUAUUAAUACCUUCUACCAAAAUUAUCAUUUU